AUGGAUAUGGAGAAGAAGAAUUUGAGGCAUAGUUACAUAUGCUUGGGAUUGUUUGCAAGAAUUGAAUUUGGUUUGCUUUUAUUACUUAUUGGUGCAUGGUGGGUAUACAAAGUUGCAAAGAAAUGGCAAAAUAUCAAACGUAAGGAGCUGGUUUAUAGACACAAUGGUGGUUUAUUGCUAGAGCAACAAUUAUCGUCCAGUGAUAUUAACGUCGAGAGAAUCAAAUCAUUCAAAUCCAAGGAGUUACAAAGUUCUACUAACAAUUUCAGUGUUGAUAGAAUUAUUGGCCGGGGACAAGGUACAGUUUAUAAAGGCAUGCUGACGGAUGGAAAAAUUGUGGCUGUUAAAAAGACGAAGAUAGUAAACAAAGAAAAUCUUUCAGAAUUCAUCAAUGAGGUUGUCAUUCUCUCCCAAAUCAACCACAGACACAUGAUUCAACUCUUGGGUUGUUGUUUAGAGACAGAAUUUCCUCUUUUGGUAUAUGAGUUUAUCCCUAAUGGAAACUUGUUUCAGUAUAUUCUUGAACAGACUGAAGAGUUUCCACUUACGUGGGAGAUUCGCUUACGAAUUGCUACAGAAAUUGCAGGAGCUCUUUCCUACUUACAUACUUCAACUUCGUCUCCGAUUUACAGAGACAUCAAGUCCACCAACAUACUCUUACAUGACAAGAACAUAACUAAAAUUGCUGACUUUGUUACAUCAAGAUUAGUUGCCAGUGACCAAACUCACCUGACCACAAGAGUACAUGGCACAUUUGGCUAUUUGGAUCCUGAAUACUACCAGUCAAGCCAAUUCACUGAGAGAAGUGACGUCUACAGCUUCGGAGUGGUACUUGUUGAGCUCUUGACCGGAAAGAAACCAGUAACAAGAUCAGACGAAGAUGGAAUGUACAAAAGUCUCACCACAUAUUUCCUAAUGUCAAUGCAGGAAGAUUCUCUAUUUGAUGUUAUUGAUGCUCUAGUGAUGAAUGAAUGCUCAAGAGAUGGUAUUUUGGUAGUCGCUAAUCUUGCUAAGAGAUGCUUGGAUUUGCGCGGAAGAAAUCGCCCCACAAUGAGAGAGGUCACAUCAGAAUUAGAGGCCAUCCAGUUGUCUGAGAAACCUGCCGGCCCUCAGGAAAGCUGUGAAGGGGUUGAACUUGACCGUGAUUAUCAAAUUUAG